AUGCCCCCCGCGCAAUUCGCCCCCUGGGCGUCGACCGUCGCGGCGACGGCCAAGCACCUCAAGACGUCCGUCGCGAAGGGCCUGACGACCGCCGCGGCGUCCAAGGCCCGCGCCGUCCACGGCCCCAACGAGCUCGCCAAGGAGGACCCGACGCCCCUCUGGCGGCUCGUCCUCGAGCAGUUCGACGACGUCCUCGUCAAGGUGCUCCUCGCGGCGGCGGCCGUGUCCUUCGGCCUCGCGUACUUCGGCGGCGACGGCGACGAGGGGUUCGCGGCGUUCGUCGAGCCCGCGGUCAUCGUGCUCAUCCUCGUGCUCAACGCCGUCGUCGGCGUCUGGCAGGAGUCGAACGCGGAGCGCGCGCUCGAGGCGCUCAAGGAGCUCCAGAGCGAGCACGCGAAGACGUACCGCGACGGCGCGCUCGUCCCGGACCUCCCAGCCGCGGACCUCGUGCCCGGCGACGUCGUCGAGCUCGUCACCGGCGACCGCGUGCCCGCGGACCUGCGGCUCGUCGCCUGCCACAGCGCGACGGUCCGCCUCGACCAGGCGUCCCUCACGGGCGAGUCCGACGCCGUGGCGAAGCACGCGGACGCGCUCUGCGGCGCCGGCGACGAGAUCCAGGCCAAGGAGUGCAUGCUCUUCUCCGGCACGGCCGUCGCCGCCGGGUCCUGCGUCGGCAUCGUCACGGCGACGGGCGCGUCGACGGAGAUCGGGCGGAUCCACGGCGCGAUCGCGGACGCGGCCGAGGAGCAGGACGACACGCCCCUCAAGAAGAAGCUCGACGCCUUCGGCGUCACGCUGACCCAGGUCAUCGGCGUCGUCUGCCUCCUCGUCUGGCUCAUCAACUACGCCCACUUCGUGUCCUUCGACGACGACGGCGUCCACUUCUCCUUCUCCAAGUGCACGUACUACUUCAAGAUCGCCGUCGCGCUCGCCGUCGCCGCGAUCCCCGAGGGCCUGCCGACGGUCAUCACGACGUGCCUCGCCCUGGGCACGCGCAAGAUGGUCAAGAAGAACGCCAUCGUCCGCAAGCUGCCCUCCGUGGAGACGCUCGGCUGCACGACGGUCAUCUGCUCCGACAAGACGGGCACGCUCCUGUGCACGCUCACGACGAACCAGAUGUCGUGCGUCGCCGUCGUGCUGCCCGGCGCGUCCGCGCGGGCCAAGCCCCGCGCCCUCGACGUCGCCGGCACGUCCUACGACCCGCGCGACGGCGGGUUGGCGCUCUCGAGCGCCGACGGCUCCCUCGACGCGCUCUGCGACGUCGCGGCCCUCUGCAACGCGGCGUCGCUCCGCGUCGGCGGCGACGGCCGCGUCGAGGCCGUCGGCGCGCCGACGGAGGCCGCGCUGCUGCCCCUCGUGGAGAAGGCCGACGGCCCCCCGGGGCCCUUCGGCCCGUCGACGGCCGUCGACGCGCGGCGCGCGGCGAAGCCGCGAUCCGCGCUCCUCGACUUCGACCGCGACCGCAAGUCCAUGUCCGUGCUCGUGGACGCCGGCGGCGCGAACGCGCUCUACGUCAAGGGCGCGACGGAGUCGGUCCUCGACCGCUGCGCGUUCCUGCGCCUCGGCGACGGGUCGACGCCGCCGCUGACGGCCGCGCGGCGGAAGCAGCUCGACGCCGAGGCCGCGCGGCUCUCGGGCGGCGCGCUCCGCGUGCUCGCGCUCGCGGAGAAGCGGUCGGGCCUCGGCGCCCUCGCGACCUACGGCACGAAGAAGGCGACGAAGAAGGACGCCGCCGCGGCCGCGAAACUCCUCGAGGACGUCGAAGGCUACGCGGCCGUCGAGUCGGGCCUCACGUUCGUCGGGCUCGUGGGCCUCCGGGACCCGCCGCGGCCCGAGGUGCCCGGCGCCAUCGAGGCCUGCGGCCGCGCCGGCGUCCGCGUCAUCGUCAUCACGGGCGACAACAAGCUCACGGCCGAGGCCGUCUGCGCGUCCAUCGGCGUCCUCGACGGCCCCCCCGACGACGCGUCGUCGAUCACGGGCGCGGCCUUCGCGAGGCUGGCCAGGGCGGACCAGAAGGCGUUCCUCGGCGGCUCCGGCGGCCGCGUCUUCUCGCGCGCGGAGCCCACGCACAAGCAGGACAUCGUGCGCCUCCUCAAGGAGCGGGGCGACGUCGUCGCCAUGACGGGCGACGGCGUCAACGACGCGCCCGCGCUCAAGCUCGCGGACAUCGGCAUCGCCAUGGGCAUCACGGGCACGGAGGUCGCCAAGGAGGCGAGCGACAUGGUCCUCGCCGACGACAACUUCUCGUCCAUCGUCGCGGCCAUCGCGGAGGGCCGCGCGAUCUACACGAACAUGAAGGCGUUCAUCCGCUACAUGAUCAGCUCGAACGUCGGCGAGGUCGCGUCCAUCUUCCUCACGGCGGCCCUGGGCUUCCCCGAGGGCCUCAUCCCCGUGCAGCUCCUCUGGGUGAACCUCGUCACCGACGGCCCGCCCGCGACGGCGCUCGGCUUCAACCCGCCGGACGCGGACAACAUGGUCCUGCCGCCGCGGCGGGCCGACGACGCGCUCCUCACGCCCUGGAUCCUCGUGCGCUACUUCGUCGUCGGCGCCUACGUCGGUGUGGCCACCGUCGGCGUCUUCGCGGUCUGGUUCACGCGGACGUCGUUCCUCGGCAUCGACCUAAGCCGCGACGGCCACUCGACGGUGACGCUCGGCCAGCUCGCGACCUGGGGCGACUGCGAGGCCUGGGACGGCUUCGACGUGGCCACGUCCUACGCGACGCUCACGGGCGAGGUCUCCUUCGACACGCCCUGCGACUACUUCCGCGCCGGCAAGGUCAAGGCGUCGACGCUGUCGCUGAGCGUGCUCGUGUCCAUCGAGAUGUUCAACGCGCUCAACGCGCUCAGCGAGGACUGCUCGCUCGUGUCGCAGCCGCCCUGGGUGAACCCCUACCUCCUCGCGGCCAUGGCCCUCAGCUUCGGCCUCCACUUCCUCGUCAUGUACGUGCCGGCCCUCGCGGCCGUCUUCCACGUCGUGCCCCUCGACGGCCGCGAGUGGCUCCUCGUCCUCGCCUUCUCCGUCGCCGUCGUCGCCAUCGACGAGGUCCUCAAGUUCGUCGGCCGCGAGUUCGUCAACAAGGCCGCCAAGCAGAAGCGCGACUAG